AUGUGUUACCAAUCUUUUGAUUUCAAUCGACAGACUUGGUUACUGAUCAGCUGCAGUGAUUUGUUAAUACGCCACGAGCGGUUGUCACACAACAAAUUCGGGCCGCAGAAACGUGGCAGAGGCUCUCGGUCUCAUGCUGCAAAGGUUGAUACUCCUGCUUCAACUUUUCCCGAGACUCCACAGACAUCCGUCACAGCUUUUGAUAACCAUCAUCGAGCUUCUCCCGCUGCUCCUCGGCCAAACAUUGAAUGCCAAGAUGACUUCCCUCUGGCGACGUUAUCAAUGGCCGCAGAACAUGUGUCGCUUCAGCUACCAUAUGGCACUCCUUCCAGUCAUCCCGCGCCCAAUUCGCCCCAUGUUGCCUUUGCACAGGGUGGUACCAUGACAACGUCAGAGCCGCCCACUCAACUGGAUGCGAACAUCCAUACCCUUGAGCUAGAGAACUCGCUGGAUGAGCUCUCAGCCUUUCUGGACAAUGGAUCGUUAUCGUCUUACCAUUUCUCGUCCCUUGUUUCCGCCGAGCAGCCCCUGCCAUUAUUCUCCCCUGAAUCCGUAACUCACCUCCCUGAGAUCGGCCACGUCGAGCAUUCAAUCUUCCAUUAUGAUCAUAGUCAUCACCAUACUGAUGACCCUGGGUCAUUCGCUCACUUUGGGUCCCGGCUUCCAUCGCUCCAGCCAGAGGAGCAACCACCUCAGAUUGGACGGAUGCAUAUCCCUCAUCGCCCACUGAGUGAAAUCUCUCUCAACGACAGAAAGCAUAUCCUGUCGAAACUGAACGAGUUCUCUUCAGUUAUCCAACCGUCCUUUCAACUUCCGUCAUGCUUGGCCCUCGCAAGAUAUGUUGCUGCCUACAUUAACGGAUUCCACGAGCAUCUCCCGUUUCUCCAUAUAGCUACUAUGUCCAUAACACAUUGCUCUGUUGAGCUUAUCCUUGCCAUUGCAGCUGUGGGGACACAAUAUUGCCUUGAAGGAGAAAAAGGCAUUGAUCUUUUCUACGCAAGCCACGCGAUAGCUAUGGAAAGAAUACGACGCCGGGAUGCGAGGCGGAAUGCAGUGCAUCAUCCAGAGUUGCCAGGACCAACUCCUCCGGUGGACGGUUUAGGACAGAACCUCAAUUCUUGUCAUUCCCAGCCUUUGUCUGCGCAGCCCGGCUCGGGUUCGAUCAAGGAAGCGUUAUCCGACACGGUUGCCGAAGAAGAAGACCUUAUUCAGACAAUCCAAGCAUUGCUAAUAUUAAUGGCCAUGGCCACAUGGGCAAAACAAAAGGAAAUUCUGCGAGAGGCCUUGGGUUUACAAAGCAUCUUGGCCACGCUUGUCCGUGACCAUGGUCUUCAAGGCGAAGCUAUGCCGGACAAUGUCUCAUGGGAAGAAUGGGUCCGGGUGGAGACGGCUAAAAGAACAAAAUUCAUUGUCUACUGCUUUUUCAACUUACAUUGCAUCGUUUACAACAUUCCGUCUUUGAUUCUGAAUUCUGAAGUUCACCUCUUGCUACCCUCUGGGUCAGCCGAGUUCAAAGCUCCGACCGGUUCUCUAUGGCUAGAAGCCAAGCAGAAAGCUUCGCCGGAAGUGAACUUUCAGGAUGCGCUGAACCGCUUAUUUUCCCGUGGUGCUAACGACGUUUCCGAACCUAACUCGUCACUAGGCAAUUACAUUCUGAUACACGCGAUUAUCCAACACAUAUUCUUCCUUCGUCAAGUCGCUCGAGGGCGUUUUGAUGGCAAAAGAGAUAUGGCCUAUGAAGACGUUUGCGCUUUGGAACGAGCAUUGCGCAACUGGCAGAUAGGGUGGAAGCGCCACCCCGAAUCUUCGCUUGAUCCGCAAGACCCGAAUGGGCCGGUAGCCUUCAAUUCCACAGCCCUCCUUCGCCUAGCCUAUAUCCGGCUUAAUAUCGAUAUCGGGCCUGGCAGGGCGCUUGAUACUCGAGAUCCGAUGCAGAUCGCAAAAGCAUUCCGUGCUAGUCCGCCGAUACAGCGCACUCCCAAACUGGUCCGUGCCGUGCUCCAUUCCGCCCAUGCCCUCAGUAUUCCAGUGAAGAUCGGCAUCAGGCUCGUUGCGCAAACACAGACCUUUAUAUGGUCGAUUCAGCAUUCGAUCUGUUCUCUGGAAUGUGCUUUCCUAUUGAGCAAAUGGCUUGAGGCGCUAUCAAUGCCGAAUCCUAAUCCUCCGAUUAGUGAUGACGAACGUCGCAUAGCCGCGCUAGUGAAGAUGAUGCUCGACGAAACGGAAUUCCCUGUUCCCGCCGACUUAGCGAUGGGCACACAGGAGCUGAACCAGCAUCUCAAUGCUGGAAUAUUGCGAGUCUGGGCGCAAAUUUUCAAGGGGUCUCAAACGUGGGCCAUCGUCGGGGUAAUCGGUAAUGCUCUAAAUAUUUGCGCUGAUUUAGCGCAACAGGGGUGA